UCGUGUGUCAGUGAAUGGCGGUUAUUUUUUGUUUCGUAUUCGUAAAAAAGUGUAGCAUUUUGGUGUUUUUUUUUAAAUAAUAUUGUUAUUGUGAUAUUCAACUGUUAAGAUUGUUAUAUCGGAACAAUGUCGCAGAUGUUCAGGCUGGUGGUGGUGGCUGCCUGCCUCCUCAUCGGUCAAGCACGAGCCGCCACUUACGGUCCGCGCGCCGACUAUGGAUACCCAGCUGGACUUAUACCUGAUUGUCCCGGCACCCACAAGAACGCCAGUAUCAGUGCUCGCCAUAUGAACAACCUCCAGAUUGCCAUACACCGCAUCUCCAGCAGUGGACAGGUCGUGAGGAGAACCCUACCCCUUGAGAAUGCGCCUAAAGUCAUUGCUAGGGAUAAAAAUAUAGAUUUGAAGAACAAGAAGACAGUGGUGUAUGCAGUAGGUUUUAUGGAUAGUUCAGCAUUCCCGUUCUCUCAGGCGAUCGGUACUUCAUAUGCCAAGCGAGGGUACAAUGUGUUUGUUUCAGAAACACUGGCUUUCCUCACCUAUAUUUAUCCAAAAUCCGUCCGUCUAGUGCGAUUCAUCGGGAAGAAAAUGGGAGAAUUCCUUGUAAGACUAACCGAACUCGGCGUCGAUCCAGCCAACCUAGAACUUGUAGGCACGAGCUUAGGAGCCCAUGAACUAGGGUAUGCAGCCAAACAUUUCUUUAAAACCACAGGCAAAAAAGUCUCAAGGCUAACAGGUUUAGAUCCAGCUGGACCUUGUUUCAGAAGCCUAGGACCAGAAGAUAAACUGUGGAAAACUGACGCUGAACUAGUCGACGUCAUUCAUACAAAUAUAGACGGAUUUGGCAUAGCAGAGGCAUUAGGACAUAUAGACAUUUAUGCCAACGGAGGUGAAUUUCAACCUAGUGAUAUUCCCUACAUACCUUGCCUAGUGAUUUGCAGCCAUGUCCGAUCUAUGAUAUAUUGGUGGCAAGCUUUAGAACACCCUAAGAAAUUCAUAGCUGUCAAAUGUAAUUCUAUUCAAGAAGCGAGAUUCGCUCAGUGUUUUAACAAUACUGAAACUAAUUAUCUAGGUGUUGAAGCUCAAUUUGAUAAACCAGGUAUUUAUUAUUUAGCUACUAAUAACGAGUUUCCCUAUUAUAUGGGUAAAGAAGGUUUGAAAGAGGAGAAUGAGAUUUAUACUUCUGUUGUCAGAAGAAUUAAUGAUGACGAUGGGUUUGUAGCAUAGUUUUGGGGUUUCAGGGUUGUUUUAGAGUAAUUUGGACAGUGUGUGUCUUGUGAUAAAGUUCAUAAUUGAAAUGGUGGGAGAAAAUGAAUAAGAAAUUGUAUAGUACUUGUAAUAAGCUUUGUUUAAAGUGUCGUAAAGUACAAAUUUGGAUGUAUAGAAGUGUAAAUAGUGGUUUUUCACAAAAAGAAAAGAGGUGUCCAUAGAAGUCACUCAAAGCAAGUUAAAAAGUUCUUUUAACUCCUUAAACUGUAUUUUGUCCUUGUCACACAUUUGAAAUCUGUAAUGUGACGUACAGAGACAAAAAUACAAAGAUUGCAUUCUAGAAUAACGUUAUUUUUUUUAGUUCUAUUUGACUUCAUAAAGUUUUCGUCUUUAUCUAGAUGAAAUAAGGUCUAUAUUGUCAAGAAUUUUAUAAAUUAUACGUAUAUUUGUCUGUCUAUGAUUGUGAUAAUGUGAUGUGAUUACGUGUAUUGUAUUUAAUACAUUGUUUAUAUUUUUUUU